UCGCAGCGGAAUCUCAAAAAUUGAAUUAAUUAUAUCUGUGUCUGUUUUAUAAUAAAAUAUUUUUUUCAAACGGAGUAGCUUCGAGUCAUAAUUUGUGCUUAUAAUGCCGUGAAUUGUCGUAUGUUAGUGGUGUAUAUUUCGAGCUAAUGUGGACUGCAUAUUUAUGGCGAUGUCGCCAUAUACAAGAACAUCCAAGCACCAUCUAACACCAUGCAUGUCUUAUAGUCAUCAACCUCAAUGACGCUAUGUCGAGUAAAAAGCAUUCGCCACAACCAAAACGCUCUGAAGGGCUCAGCGGACGCUUGUCUAAGUCAGCUUCAGAGCUGUCAUGUUCCGCUCCAGUUCAUGCUUCUCCGCCACGCGCCCGCUCUGCUCAUCAUCAUACACCACUCUCUGUUGUACAUAGGACUCAUCAUUUCUUUAGUAAUUUGAAGAAUCGUUGGCAACGCAGUAAAAGCCGUGAAAGAUGUCCAGCUGGUACAGUACUAUCCGUAGCACCAGGUGCUGACAGCAGUGGCACGGACUAUGAACACAGUUCCGAACCUACUCCCGCUAACUCACCAUUGCAUAGGAUAAGGAAAGAUCAAUCGUUGAAUCGGCAAGCAUCUACCGAUCCUGUGGCUUCUACAUCUGCAACACCUCUACAUUCAGCGAGGCCGCCAGUGGAACUACUUCAGCUGGAACCAGACGAAGGCCAGCGCCUAAGAGAACAGCAGUUACGACAAUACGCAUUCUUUCAGCUCAGGAUACAUCUAAAACGAGGACAAAACCUUAUAGCUAUGGACAAAAAUGGUUUGUUGUCAGGCACAAGUGACCCCUACGUCAAAUUCAAAGCGGGAGGGAGGCUGCUUCACAAGUCAAGAAUUGUUUACCGGGAUCUGAACCCAGUGUGGGACGAAUGCUUCACGGUCCCUAUUGAAGAUCCAUUCCAACCUGUUCAGUUGAAGGUCUUCGACUAUGACUGGGGCUUACAAGAUGACUUUAUGGGCUCCUGUUAUCUAGAUUUAACCGCUCUGGAGCUUGGAAGAUCACAAGACUUGGUACUGUGUUUGCGAGACCCCAACAAGCUCAACCAGGAUAUGGGGGAGAUCGUGAUGAAUGUCACCUUGUACCCUAAGUCACAAGAGGACAAAGAUCAGUAUCUUUUGAAAAAUACACGUCUAAGUGACGUGAACAAAAGAUUGAAAGCGCAAAUAUGGAGUUCUGUGGUCACCAUUGUCCUAGUGGAAGCCAAGAAUCUUCCCGCGAUGGACAUAGAAACGAGAUCCAGUGAUCCUUACUGCAAGUUUAGGUUAGGUAACGAAAAAUACAAGAGUAAAGUGGUCUGGAAAUCGUUACAUCCCUCGUGGCUGGAGCAAUUCGACCUGCACCUUUAUGACGACCAAGAGCAAAUAUUGGAGGUGACGGUUUGGGAUAAGGACAAACAGACGAAAGACGAUUUUUUGGGGCGAUGUACAAUAGACUUAUCAAAGUUAGAAAGGGAGAAAACGCACAAUAUACGAAAGGACUUGGAAGAUGGAAAUGGACAGAUUUUUCUUCUUCUUACCAUAAGUGGCACUACUCAAUCCGAGACCAUUACAGACUUAGCGACGUACAAAGAGAAUCCUAGAGAUAUUUUAAAUAUUGAAAAAAGAUAUGCGUGGUUCCGACUUAAUGAGCAUUCUAGCGGUGUUGGAUGGCUCUGCGUUAAAGUCUACGGGGCAAAGGGUCUGGCUGCAGCAGAUUUAGGAGGUAAAUCUGACCCAUUCUGUGUUGUAGAACUCGGCAAUGCCAGACUGCAAACCCACACAGAAUAUAAGACUUUGACCCCGAAUUGGAUGAAGAUCUUUACAUUUACAGUCAAGGACAUGAGUUCGAUUUUAGAAAUAACGGUUUACGAUGAAGACCAUGACCACAAAGUCGAGUUUUUGGGUAAACUGGCAAUACCAGUAUUAAACAUACGAAAUGGGGAGAAACGAUGGUUCGCGUUGAAAGACAAGAAAAUGCGGGGGAGAGCGAAGGGAAAUUAUCCACAAAUACUGUUAGAGAUGUCAGUGAUAUGGAAUCCGUUAAAAGCAGCCAUUAGAGUCGUAAAUCCAAAAGAGCCUAAAUACAUGCACCAAGAAGCAAAAUUCAAACGACAAUUAUUUAUAAGAAACGUAAUGCGGCUCAAAGCUAUUAUAAUGUGGUUUAUUGAAAUUGGAAAAAUAUUGCAAGACUGUUUUGAAUGGGAAUCGCGAAUUUGCUCUUUCAUUGGCCUUCUAGCGUGGCUCGCCUUUUGCUACUAUUACGAAAUGUGGAUGGUACCAUUGUUUCUACUCAUAUUCUUCGCGAGGAACUGGCUGAUAUACCGAUUAACAGAACAUAUAAAAUCCUACAAAAAUCCUUGGGCGUGUUUUAAACGAUUCGUUUCUGGUAGUGGAAAUCCUCUUCUCGCUCCAGUAGAUGACGAUGAUUUAUUGGCUGAAGAAGACGAUGAGGAGGAAGUUGAUAAGGAAGAAAAAAAAUCGUUAAAAGAGCGUCUUCAAGCUAUCCAAGAAGUAACGCAAACUGUACAGAAUGCUAUUGGUUAUGUGGCUUCCUUAGGAGAGGCUGUUAAAAACCUAACGAAUUUCACGGUACCCUAUCUAAGUUAUUUAGCGGUAAUAAUGCUGGCUGCAGCGAUGUUGGUGCUAUAUAUGAUACCAUUGAGAUAUUUACUUAUGGCUUGGGGCAUAAACAAAUUUACGAGAAAAAUCUUACGACCUCACACAAUACCGAACAAUGAAGUUUUAGAUUUAUUAUCUAGAGUACCGGAUGAUGAAAUAUUAUUAGACGUACGAGAAUUAAAACCGCAUCCGACCAGCGAACGCCGGGACGCGAGAAAAAAGCACAAAGCUUCGUAACAUUCAUUGAAAGUUCGUGAAAGAAUCAAGAACUAUAUCGGAUCAGAAUAGACUAAUAUCGAAUCAUUAUAUAUAACCUUACGUUGAAAGCAUUCAGUAAGCAUAUAGUUGGAAAUGUGAAAAGAAUAUAGUAUAUUAUAUCUGACAACAUUGCGAAAUGGUAAGAUUUCAGGUUUGAUCUCUGGGCUCAAUCAUUUAGGUUGCAUGUGAAUUUGGAUUAUUUUGAUAUGAAUCCAAGUUUUCAUACGUUUAUUUGUAAUAUUAUGGUAUGAAAUGUAAAGAACCCCUGAAAAAGUAAUUAACUAUAUAACUAAUAAUUAUUUACAACCCUUCGUGGCGUUGUUAUGUGAUUCCUGUAACACAGAAGAGUGAUUUCAUGCUUACUUCUAAACAACAAUAUUCCAUUAUGGUUACAUAACAUCAUAAAAUUAAAUUUCCAACAAAAAAACAACAUUUUUUCUCAAUUCUAUUAAUAUCCAAAUUAAUGUAUACAUUGUCAAUAGACAGUAGAAUUAUUUUAUAAAAUAGUAAGAGUACCUGUUUGAAACGUCCAGAAUGUAUAAAAAUAUUCAGUGGGAUGGCAUAGACAUAAAAAUCGACUGAUAAAAUUAUUAGGCACAUAGAAAUAAUUUUGCAUUCCUUUAAUUUUCAAAUGAAUCUCAUCCUAUUUUCCUCAAUUUUCUUAUUAGUAGAAUAGAUCUAGAUAGAAUACCUUUUGUCAUUAUCAAAUAAAUUAUUAUAAAUGCUGUUAAAUGUAAAAUAAAUUUUCUAUUAAACUAUUUGAACGUACUAUAACUAAUAGCUAUUUGUAUAAUGAACAAAAAUUCAUGAUUAAUCAACUAUCAAGAUACGAUAAUAGUGAGAACAUUUAUAGUAUUUUAAAUGUUGUUCUUCCAUUGAAUAUAUUGCUUGUUAGUUCCUCUAGAUUACUAUACUUGCACGCAGACAUUUAUAAUGGUCUUACUCUAAGACGUUACAAUUUAAAAAUCAAAUAUUACAGGAUUUAUUUUAUAGAUUGUCUCAUAUUGUUGCACAGAUAAAACUAAUAAGGCAAAUAAUAACUGUCAAAAAUGACGAUAUCAGAGAAUAAAUGGUUUGACAGAGACAAUAUUUGAGAAUACACGUGUAUUAUAAGACGGGCCUAAUUUCAUAUCGUAUAUAUAUAUAUAUAUAACAAACCUGCUGCAAACCUUAUAAAUUGACUGCAGCGUAUAUCGAAAUUUCUUAAUAAUAUAUAAUAGUAUUAUAUCGCGAGACCGUACCGGAAUAUCUGGUUUCAAAUACCAAGUCACAUUUACUUGACCUUGAAAAAAUAUUGGUUGUUGAUAAUAUGAUUCAUAUAGAUUUGAUGUUAAAAAUUUAACGACACGUCAUGUUAUCAUUAAAUAAUAGAAGACAUCCUUUUGUAAGAAUAUAGCAUAAGACUGAGACCAAUCUCAUUAAUUAUUUUGUUGUAUAGAGACAUUUUUUUUUAAUAGCGUUUUUAUAGUUAGAUAAUAUCUAAGACGAAAUACUUGCAUUUAAAUAGAAUUUAAUAAUUUAAAAAAAGUUUAGAUCCUAAAUAAUCAGUUUGAACAUUUUCAGGCUUUCUUUUCUUUUAUUGAUGCGAAUUUGUCGCACAUAUAUUGUGCGAAUACUUUUGUUUAUAGUUAAUUGGCUAUGGUCUAUUCAAAUCAGUGAGUGUUGCCACAUAGCUUCAAGACUCUAUUCGCUAUAGAACUUAAAUAUUAUAGCCGUAAGUCUACGAUUACGGAUCAAGCGAUAAAACUUGUAGUAAAUUAUCUAGUCAUUAUUUUUCAAACUUUUAACUUAUAUUAAUUACCUUAGUUAGGUUACCACUGGAGUCAUCGAUUUUUAAUUUUAUGUGACAAUUUAAUGUCUCUACAUUAUAUAAAAAUGUCUUUAUAGUUUCACUAUAUAGUCUUAAAACUUACUGAGUGUUUCAAGCACAAUUCGUAGCACUUCUUCGUUCUACUGCACAGCACAAAACAUUAGAUAGGUUAAUCAUUUAAAUUAAAAUUGUGAUAUCUAUGCAAUACAAGCUUAAAAGUUAUUCUUAUGUACACUCUUAUUAUAUAAAGUACGUAUUUAAUUAAAAGUCAUAUGAUGUUGUAUGGGUACGUUAAUAAAAUAUUGUUACUGUAAAAAAAUUACGUACUUCAUACAGAGAAUGUAUUAUAAAAGUGUCUCAAAAUUUAAAACAAGAUUUAUAUUUAUUCUUU